AUGGAAUUCCUGGUUCUGCCCAAGGUAACUGUCGAUUUGCCCACUGCUACGGUAUCAACGGAUGAAUGGUCAUUCCCAGAUGGAAUUGAGUUAGCGGAUCCAUCAUUUUUUGAGUCAAAGGUGGUGGAUUUGGUGUUGGGAAUUGAGUCGUUCUUUGAUUUCUUCGAAACGGGAAAACGGAUUUCCAUCGGAGAUCAAUUACCAACACUUACAGAGUCAGUUUUCGGUUGGAUAGUUUCUGGAGGUUUAUCGCAAGAGGUAUCAGCACGGAUUGCUUGCAAUGUUUCAACAACAGAGUCUCUUGAAACCCUUGUCGCUCGGUUUUGGGCUUGUGAGGAGCUAGGUUCGGAAAAUCUAUACUCACGAGAGGAGAGGCUUUGCGAGGAAAUUUUCCAGAAAACGGUACAGAGAGACAGCAAUGGAAGGUACACAGUCUCGCUUCCUAAGAACGAGGAGGUUUUCCCUAAUUUAGGUGACUCAAGGGAAAUAGCGUUACGGCGUUUGGGCGCAACUGAGCGCAGGUUAGCAAGGAAUAUGGAUUUGCGGGAGCUGUAUACUAAGUUCAUGGACGAAUAUAUACAGCUAGGUCACAUGGAAGAAGUUGUGGAAAUUUCUGGUACAAAACGUUGUUUUUUACCUCAUCAUCCGGUUGAGAAGGAGAGUAGUACGACUACCAAAUUGCGAGUGGUGUUUGAUGCUUCAUGUAAAACUACUACUGGAGUUUCUCUGAACGAUGGAUUGCUAACAGGGCCAGUAAUCCAGGACGAUCUUCGGGCAAUAAUACUCCGCUGUCGAAUGUGUCAGAUCAUGGUCGUGGCAGAUGUUGAAAAAAUGUUCCGCCAAAUCAACAUCACAAGGGAAGAUCGUCCACUACAGUCAAUUUUAUGGAGAAAAUCACCAUCAGAGCCAGUCAAAACGUUCGAGCUUAAGACUGUAACGUACGGCACCAAACCAGCUCCGUUUUUAGCCACGCGCACCUUGAAGCAGUUAGCAUUGGAUGAAGCAGAGAGUUUCCCUCUAGCAUCAAGAGUAUUUUUGGAAGAUACUUACAUGGACGAUGUUGUAUCAGGGGCAGACGAUGCAAACGCAGCUCUCGAACUGAGAAUUCAGUUGGAUAAAGCUGCAAAAGCAGGAGGAUUUCGGCUACGAAAAUUCGCAUCAAAUUGUGCAGAAGUCCUACAAGGGCUUGCACAAGACAGUGUAGCUAUUGAAGAAUCUUCAGACGGAUCAGAGAUAGAUCCUUCGAUGAAGAUACUUGGGCUCACAUGGUUACCGAAGUCUGAUGUCUUCAAGUACAACUUCAACAUUCCUGAAAUUCCAAAAUCAACGGUUUUGACGAAACGCAAGGUGCUGUCGGUAAUUGCUACACUCUUCGACCCGCUGGGACUCCUUGGCGCUGCAAUAACAACUGCGAAGAUAUUUAUGCAGCAGCUGUGGACGUUACGGAAUAACGACGACCAAAGAUUAGAUUGGGAUCAGCCAUUACCUCCAACGGUGGGUGAGGAUUGGCUGAAAUACUACGAUCAACUAGUUUCACUCAACAGCAUUCGUAUAGAGCGGUGCACUAUUAUUCCAGAAGCAAUUCACAAAGAAAUUCAUUGUUUUUCGGACGCUUCGGAGAAGGCGUAUGGUGGUUGUAUUUAUUUGAAAAGUGUCAACUUAAGUGGAGUGGUUAAGAUUUGUUUGUUGGCUGCUAAAUCCAGGGUGUCUCCGUUAGCAAGCCAGUCAAUUCCACGGUUAGAAUUGUGUGGGGCUUUGCUUACUUCCGAACUUUUCAAAUUCGUUCAAAAAUCCAUGAAGUUAGAAUGCCAAGUUUACUUCUGGACAGAUUCCACUUGCGUUUGGCGAUGGUUACAGGCUGUUCCAUCUACUUGGACCACCUACGUGGCAAACAGAGUUGCGAAAAUACAACAACUCACGGAGGGUUGUGAAUGGAGACAUGUUCCCGGCGUUGACAAUCCAUCAGAUCUGAUUUCUCGGGGAAUUCCACCUGAAGAAAUCGCCCAGAAUCGCUUGUGGUGGGAAGGUCCAGAGUGGUUGGCGCUAGAGAAGGAAAACUGGCCAGAACUACCAGAUAACCAUUUAAAGGAGAUUGGCGAAGAAGAAAGGCGUCGAGCAACAGUAACAGCAUUGGCGAAUGCUGCUUUUGUCCAUUUCGGGGAAUCGAUUCGACAAAAUCGGCGAGCCUCGAAAUUGGUUCAAUAG